AYCUCGAUCACGUCCUCAGUCCACAACAGUGGGACCUCCGCCCAUGGAGGUGAACACAUACCUGGAACUCUACCUGGACCGAUGCGCUGCCCAGGAUGACCUUGCUCUACCGGUGUCUCCCCUGUUCAGCCCAGUUGUACCUUAUGACGGGUACUUACCUAAUCCAUCCAAUUCAGAGAUUGCACUUAGUUCUCAACUUGAAGUCGGAGAAACGUCCGGUGAUUUCUCAUCUGUGGAUCUUAGCUUCCUACCAGAUGAACUUACCCAAGAAAAUAAAGACCAGACUAUCAUUAAAAGCAAGUGUGAAACUGAAGAAAAUGGUAAAACUCGACAAAAUAGCUUGCCAUUACCCAGUGAACAGCUGAGCGUAAAAAGCAGCAGUUUAUCAAAUUCCCAUUCACAUCUGCACCCUGGUAGUGCUGAUUCAAUCUGGCUCUCUUCUGAGAAAACAAACUCUGAUACCUUGCCUCUGUCAUCCAUAACUCCCAUGACUCCAGUUACCCCUCUUUCAGAAUGUUCUGGAAUUGUGCCUCAAAUACAGAACAUAGUUUCCACCGUAAACCUGGCCUGUAGACUGGAUCUGAAGAAAAUAGCUUUGCAAGCCAAAAAUGCAGAAUACAACCCAAAGAGGUUUGCCGCAGUCAUAAUGAGGAUCCGAGAGCCCAGGACAACAGCCCUCAUAUUUAGCUCUGGGAAAAUGGUCUGCACAGGAGCCAAAAGUGAAGAGCAAUCUCGACUAGCAGCAAGAAAGUAUGCUCGUGUGGUGCAGAAGCUUGGGUUCCCUGCCAGAUUUCUCGAUUUUAAAAUUCAGAACAUGGUUGGAAGCUGCGACGUGAGAUUUUCCAUCAGGCUGGAGGGUUUGGUGCUAACCCAUCAACAGUUCAGUAGUUAUGAACCUGAACUGUUUCCUGGCCUUAUUUAUAGAAUGGUAAAACCACGAAUUGUGUUGCUUAUCUUUGUGUCUGGGAAAGUCGUGUUGACAGGUGCCAAAGAACGUUCUGAGAUCUAUGAAGCAUUUGAAAACAUCUAUCCUAUUCUAAAAGGUUUUAAAAAAGCCUGAGCCUGUUAUUCAACAUUAUAUUGAUUGAAAUAUGUACAUAAGUCCAGUAUAGCAACAGCUGAAUUCUUGCACCUUUAAUUGUAGAUGUUCAAGU